AUGGACACCCCGUCCGCGGCUAGACCCAAUCCCGACCGAACGAACUCAGGCUCAAGCGGAAAGACGCUACGCGCGGGGGAAAAGGCCGAAGACAAGACGAGUAGUGUCAAGUCUUCUAGGUUCCUCAGUCGAUACACCGGGGUGCUCGUUAUAAAGAGAAGUACGUCCGAGCCCGCAGUUUACCAUGGGCAGUUGAGUUCAGAGAGGAAAUAUGGCAGAUUCCAAAAUUUGAGAGAAAAGUACGAGCAGGUCACAGCCACCCAUGAACUGGUAGAGAAACAGCUCGCAAUCGCAAACGAGAAAGUGAAGAGGUUACAGGAGGAGUGCAAUUUGUUAUUAGAUGCAGUCGAUAUUGCUGUGCCUGCUCAGCCGACUCUGCGACAUUAUCUAGCGCAAGAUCCCAUACCCCCGCAAUAUCAUUCAUACCAAGUCCCAUUUCCUGCCGCCCCCAGUGCUACAACACCUCAACCAUCACAACCACCGCCUCCCUCAUCACCUCCGGUUCGUGUCAGCCGCAAAUCCAGCACACAGACGAAUGGAAAUGGAGUUAAGCGUAAAGUAGGGGCCCUACGCGCGUUACCUUCAAUGACGAUGUGCUAA